CCGGUCAACAACACUCAUAUGUGCGAUUCCCAUUACAGCGGGCGGGUCUUCUGUGAGUCGAGCCUCGUCUCUUAGCAAUAAUCGCGUGAAAUUUCUCCACAUUGCGCCUAAAAUUUUGACACGAGAUCGACAGGGAAUUUGAACCCCGCGAGGAAAUAAGGUAUGGCGGCUAUCAGGAAAAAGCUGGUGAUCGUAGGAGAUGGAGCAUGUGGGAAGACCUGUCUCCUCAUAGUGUUCAGCAAAGACCAGUUUCCAGAAGUCUAUGUGCCUACUGUGUUCGAGAACUACAUUGCAGACAUCGAAGUCGACAGCAAACAGGUGGAGCUGGCAUUGUGGGACACAGCAGGACAGGAAGACUACGAUCGUCUGAGGCCUCUGUCUUAUCCAGACACAGAUGUCAUCCUCAUGUGUUUCUCCAUAGACAGUCCCGACAGUUUAGGUAAUUCGCCAUGCUCCUGGACGCCGGAGGUGAAGCACUUCUGCCCCAACGUUCCCAUAAUCCUGGUGGGCAAUAAGAAGGAUCUGCGGAACGAUGAACACACACGGAGAGAGCUGACUAAGAUGAAGCAGGAGCCAGUUAAACCGGAGGAGGGCAGGGACAUGGCCAACCGCAUUAGCGCCUUUGGCUACCUGGAGUGCUCCGCUAAAACUAAGGAGGGCGUGAGGGAAGUAUUCGAAAUGGCCACCAGGGCGGCGCUGCAAGUCCGCAAGAGGAAGAAGAGGAGCGGGUGCUUGCUGUUGUGAGAGAACUUUCCAGAAUGAUCUCCAUAAUGACCAGGAAAUACCAAACUCCACAAAAAAAAAAAAAAGUUUUUGACCAAACAACAUAAAUACACUGGACUGUAUGUCACAUUUCAUGCAAACCAACAGGCGGGAAAUGGAGGAAUGUGAAUAAAAUAUGCAUUAAAUGGACAGAGGCUGAGCAGAAAGGCAGGUUAGAUCAGUAUACGAUAUGUCUUGAUUUAGUUUUCCUUAUGGCACAAUGUUUUUCAGAAUACACCCUUUUUUUUUUUUCUUCUUAAGUUUGUACUGUACGGAUGAUGUCGGUCGUAACGGUAUUGUUUUUUUGCACAUUUAUCAAUCGCCUAUUAUAGCUAAGUCUGGUUUUCAUAUUAUUGUAAUCGAAAUUAAUAUAACCAUGUAGAAAUAUCUUAAUAGCACAGAAUUUGUUAAUAAAAUCAGUGCCUUCAUCACCAUACCCUCCACAAUUUGAAUGUACUCCGGUAAAGUGCUAGUUUUGAGCUUCUCUGUGACUUUACACGCUUUUCUAGUAGUGAGAAACCAUGUGUUUAAAUGUAUUUUAAAAUCUCCAGUAAUAUUGAGUAUGUUUAUAUCUUUCAUUCCCCAAAUAAAUAGUAAUUACAUGCACUUCGAAGGCUCAGUCAGAUCUAAAGCCAACUGCCAAUUAGAAAUGUGACGUAUUUCAUUUGUAUUAUCCUAUUUGUCCUCCACACAUGCAUAAAUGUCACAUAAUCAGACUGUAUUGUCCUCACGUUAGCCGGUUGAGUAUUGUUAAUGCAAACUUUACAUUUUUUAAGUUGCAAUCACUUAUUAGGUUUCUAGCACUGCAAAACGUCAAAUAAAUACACCGAUGAUUGCUAGCAAAUGUGUAUUAGUUAGAAGAAGCCUUGAGUGACUUUUCUUUUCCCACACAGUUGUGUGCCUUUAGUUAGCGGUCUUUAAUGCGUUUGGUUUGAGAUGAACGUUUAUGUGCAUGCACACGUUUUGUCGCAAUCAGUGUUGUAAUGUUUCAUGCCAGUAAAUCAUGAAGUGUUCAGGCCAUCCGGGUUUUGAGAAUAACCGUAGCUAAUUAUACAGUGUUGUGCUUCUAGAAAAAGAUCUGUGGCUUUUAUUCGCUGGUGUAGAACCCAUAUAGUGAUGUCACUUCCACUGCGGUCCCCUGCUGGUGCCAUGAGAUGCCUGACAUGAGGUAAAUUAGCAACGCUACAUAAAUCCGCCCCCGUGUUUCCUCUCUGUGUUGACUGUUUGAAAGAGUGCUGAAUUCAUUAGCAUGGUGUGGCUUGGUUUCCCUCGUCUGCUAAUGUAAAAUAAGAGGUCAAGGUGUCCUGGGUCAUAUAAAAUAAAAUAAAAUCUUCCUUGUUUAGGUCCAUCAGAGGCACACAGAACAUGAAACUAACCAUCUGUAUAAUUCUUGAACACCUGGAACACUGGCAAUUAUUUCUUUUUUUAAGUUAUUAAACUGGGCAUUAUUAAAACACUGACUGUAAUGCACUGACUUUGCACAAGGAAUAUCCCAUUAGACCAAGUACAAACUACACACUACCUGCUAAUAAAAGAGGAAGAUGUUCUUUCAUUUUUUUUCUUUUUCAAUGUACUGAUUGGUGAAAUUCUCUAUGCAGAUGUGAGAACAGACCCAUGACCGUUGUGAAGUCGUCGUCUGCAUGAGCAAAUUACUACAGCGACCAGUCUUGGCAUACAGAGCUCCUCUUUGGACUCUUGAGAUCAAUCUGCUGUGUGUUCAUAUGGUCUCUUCCUUUUUUUUCUGGAAGUAUUAAAUGAUUUAUUAAUCCAGAUUUUUAUGAGCACUCAUAGUAACAAUGCUUUGUACUCGGGCCUAGUAGUAAUAGUUUGAAUGUAGUGAAACCAACCUAUGUUAAUAAUAAACUAUUUUUUCGAAACAAAA